CGCGCGGGGUGAGCGCCCGCCCGCGCGCGCCACUUCCGACGCAGCCCUCGGUUCAGGUUCCGGGGCGCCGCGGAGCUCCCGGCCUGUGGGUCGCGCGCGGCGCUCUGCGGCGGCCGCGAUGGAGGAGGCUGGAGCGGCGGUGGCCACGGCCGGGGAGGCCGAACUGAACCUGUCCCGCGUCAGCGUGUCCCCCGAGACGCUGGAGUCGGAGCUGGAGGCGCGGGGCGAGGAGCGGCGCGGCGCGAGGGAGGCGCUGCUGCGGCUGCUGCUGCCGCACAACCGUCUGGUGUCGCUGCCGCGGGCGCUGGGCAGCGGCUUCCCGCACCUCCAGCUGUUGGACGUGAGCGGCAACGCGCUGAGCGCGCUGGGGCCGGAGCUGCUGGCGCUGCGCGGCCUGCGCACGCUGCUGGCCAAGAACAACCGGCUCGGCGGGCCCGGCGCGCUGCCCAAGGGCCUGGCCCAGUCGCCGCUCCGCCGCAGCCUCCAGGUGCUCAACCUCAGCGGCAACUGCUUCCAGGAGGUGCCCGCCCCGCUGCUGGAGCUGCGCGCGCUGCAGACCCUCAGCCUCGGCGGCAACCAGCUGCAGAGCAUCCCGGCCGAGAUCGAGAACUUGAGGAGUUUAGAGUGUUUAUAUCUUGGAGGAAACUUCAUCAAAGAAAUCCCACCAGAACUAGGAAAUUUGCCUUCUCUAAAUUACUUGGUGUUAUGUGACAACAAAAUCCAAAGUGUGCCUCCUCAGCUUUCACAGUUGCAUUCACUUCGUUCCCUCAGUCUUCACAAUAACUUGCUGACAUACUUGCCUCGAGAGAUCCUCAACCUUGUUCAUUUGGAAGAAUUGAGUUUGCGAGGAAAUCCAUUGGUUGUUCGUUUUGUUAGAGAUUUAACCUAUGAUCCUCCAACUCUCCUGGAGUUAGCUGCACGGACCAUUAAAAUUCGAAAUAUUUCCUACACUCCCUAUGAUCUUCCUGGGAAUCUUCUUAGAUACUUGAGUUUAGCCAGCAAUUGCCCAAACCCAAAGUGUGGAGGAGUCUACUUUGAUUGCUGUGUCAGACAAAUUAAAUUUGUGGACUUCUGUGGGAAAUACCGCCUCCCUCUGAUGCACUACCUGUGUUCGCCAGAAUGCUCUUCGCCUUGCAGUUCUGCCUCUCACAGCUCCACAUCCCAGAGCGAAUCUGACUCGGAAGAUGAAGCUAGUGUGGCGGCACACAGAAUGCAGAAAGUUCUUCUUGGUUGAAAAGGGGGCAGGGGUGUGUGAAACACUAAAAGACUGAACAGAGGUGGUUAGAGAAGAGAAUAGGCUUUGAAGUUCACUAGAAAUCGUAUCUGCAUCUUAAAUGUCCAUGACAGAGUUGGAGAUGGUAUAAAAGAUUUUGUGUUUCUAGCCAUUCAGCAGGGAUGAGUCCAGUUCCAUGUUUUUUGGAUUCUUUGAAUAUAAUUCACUCUGAAUGGCAGUUUCAAAUUUAGCUGAUUGUGUGCAGUUUUCACUCAAGUUUUACAUGAAUGACAUAGCAGAAUGAAACAUCCUGAAGAGCAGUGCUGUAAUAAAUCAUGAGUGGUGUAAUUUGUGACAGUUGACAUGAAGAUAGAAAUGAUCAGAGCUAUAAUUUUUACCAGAGCUGUCCUUGAGUUUAGGUUGAACGCUAUACUGUAACAGGAUUAGCCCUCCUUUCUUGUAUUGCCCAUACGUCUGGAUUAGAGUUACUCAGAUAAGCUCACAGAUGGUUACGUAGGACCUAAACCUUUCUCAGCUACUGACUGGUAAAGUAAGGGAUGUAACUUUUAUAUGGGGUUUUAAAACUCUUCAGCUCUGCUCCUGUGUUCUGUAUGAUUGUUGUUACCCUUGUAUAGUCCAGCAGUGACUGUAACAGUGCCUUAAUCAUAACAAGGAUUUAGAAAUUUAUUUAAGAAAUGAUACCAGAGUAGCCUACAACCUGACAUACUAUGCAGCACACUUUAAAAUAUGCAUUAACAGAACUACGUAAACAACUCUAUAUCUGACGUCUGAGCUCAUAGCCACCUUAAUUUCACUUUUUGUUUAAACAAGUCACUUUUAUAAUUAAUGGGAGGCCACAAUCUUGACCAAUCUGUUCAUCAUAAGACAGAAUAAUAGUUUUCGAUGGAAAAAUCUGUCAUUUCUUUUAACAGAAAGGAGAUAUAAAAUAGGAAAUUUCUUUAUGUCUUGCAUUAAAGGAGUGGGAAAAUGAUUUUAAAGGUUUUAGCAGUCCAGUAUGACUCCUUUGCCUAUGUGUACUGAACUGUAACUUCCUCUGAUUUUAAAGAAAAACUAGAGAAACAUUACAAGUGAAGUAAAAUUGGGUGCAGCAGUUAUUGUGUUCUUACACAGUAGAGCAGUUUCCAAAACAAGUUUAACCAUGAAAUAAAUACUUUUUGAAAAUAAUAUAUUAAUAAAAUAUUUUAAGUGUAUUAAAAUAUACCCUUAAACUAUAGCAGAAAAAUGGUUUCACAAAUUGCCAAUAGAAAUGACCAAAUUUUUAUUAACUAGUAUGCAAUAAAAAUUGAGUUAUAGUGCAACUGUAAGUUGACAUUGUAAAAUAAAAUACACAGCACACACUAGCAAGCAUUAGAUAACUAACCUGUAAUAACAUAGUGGUUUGGUGGUAAAUACUACCUGUGGAGUGAUACACAGGUCAGGAGCACAGCAGAGCAUCAGAUGGUCUCCCUUCUGACUUCUGGCGUUCGUGAUUGGGGCACAUCAUUUCCUAAAAGCAGGUUGUUGUAUAAUAAUGAUAUGUACAUAUGUUAGGUUUUUGUCAUAUAUACAUUUUUUGUUUUAGAAGAAAAUAUACUGUAGGAUAGUUUAUUAUAUGUUAAUUCAUGAAACGUCAUGAGAGUUUCAUGACUGCAGUUGUGAAACGCUGCUAUACAGUAAAUCCCUCCACUCCGUUGUGAUGUCAUAAGAUUCAUUUUUCCUUUUAAUCCAGAAAUUUUCUGACUGUAUCUGUAGAAGUAAUGUAGUAUCUUUCUACUGCCUGGCAAAGUAGUACGUGGGUGGUUAUGUCAUCAAAUGGAAGUACUAAAAAGUCUUUGUUUUCUUCUCCAUGUGAGCCACAGCAAGCUGCAUACUACACAAUAUGCAAGAUAAAGAUGGCUUAGGCAGUGCCUAAGUGGCAAGCCCAACAUUUAAAGUGUUUUAAGUAAGUGAUUUAGGUAAGAUAGACAAUAAUGUAUUCAUAAUAAAAUACUCAAAUUGAUAGGACCAGAUUUUUCUGGCUUAAAUGCCUGAGUUUACGUCCUAAUUAAUUACCAGUUUGAUCUAAGUAACAGCUUGGGUAAUCUUCUAAGAGCUAGUCUCUGUGAAAUAAACAGGUAGGUGUGUAAAUACGGUACCUAACCUUGCCAGCUUCCAGGACGAGGAUAUACUGAUUGAUCUUUUACAGAUGUAAAUAGGUCCAACCAGAAACAGUCCCUAGUCUUUGCUGUGUAAUGUAGAUAUAUGCAUUGUAUACAGCAAAAUGUCUUUCAACAAAACGUUCAUUAUGCUUCUUUGUAUGUACAUUUGAAAAUCUCUGAUCAGUGUGCAGCUCUUUGGUGACUUACUGAAAUCUAUAUUUAAGCUGCUAGUUUUAUCUUUUUUUUUUUUUAAUCUUUGACCUAACCUUUCAUAAAAGCUGCUAAUAAUUUCUAAGCUUUUCCCUGUUUCUUUUCUCUACCUUCCCUGUUUUCAUGACUGGUGACUGUAGAAAUUAACCAGAAGUGAGAUACAGUUCCAGAGUCCUAUAGCUGUCUAUGUAUUUGAUAGUCUCUAGUUGCUGAGUCACUUGUUUGUGUGUAAGUUUUUGAUAUUGCUCCAGUUGGACAGUUUUAGUGACCAGAACUGCAGUGGAUAAAACUAUUUAACCAAAACAUUUAUGUGUUUAGAAUGGAAUUCUUCAGUGCUAAUAUUUGAAAUUGAGAUGGGUACAUUGAACAUUCUUAAUAAUCUUUAUUCCUGGAAUCUAGUUCUAUCAGUGUCACCAAACUGAGUCAGUGAAACAGUCCUAGGAUUUUAGGAAAUAGGAAGAUUAGCUAAUAUAAUGUUUUGCUUCCAUGGUGCCAGGGAUUGGCUGACCUAGGGACAAGCUAGGCAGGGUUCUCAGCAUUCCCUGUAUUUGUGUAGUGGAUGUAGAUCUGAGGAUUACUGUUUAUAUUUUACUUCUAGAUGUUUGCUGAAGGAGUCUCUUACUCUAAAAUUCCUGAUAUUUGGAACUUCAAGUUAAAUGUAAAAGUAAAGCCUUGCAUUAUAAACUGUACCUCAAACUUGAGAAAUUUUUGUGUUAAAGUUAAAAGCAGUUCCACACUAGUGCAGGGUAAUACUGCAGACCAGUUCUACCAAACAUUGUUAAGUACCAAUUUUAAACAAAAGAAGACAAGGAAAAGGCUGAUUGCUGGAAUGUUAAAUGAAAGAAAUCUUUAAAAACCAGAAAAGGCAGGGAAAGGCAAGUCACCAGACACCCAGGGAGAUCCCUGAGCCAAGAAAGUUUUUUAAAGUAAUAUUGAAUUGUUUUGAAAUUAAGUGACCCACUAACUACCAUCUGAAAGCCUGUUUAUCACUAAAUUUCUUCAGUUUCUGCUAAUGGGAGAUUGUCCACAUCCCUCCAUAAUGAAGGGGCAGCAAAUAAUAGGAUUUUCUUGCAGCCAACCUUGCUCUUUCCAAAGGGAGAAAGUAAUACCUCAUUAACCUGGAAUUUGUGGUACACCCUUGGUUAAUGUUUACCUUUUCACUAUGUAAAAGAGAAAAAAUACUAAACAGAUAAUUAGUACAAAUAAAGUUUGAUCUUGUAAAGCAUUUUAGCAGUAGCUAUUUAUAUAAAAAGUUAUUCUAAAUAAGACCCUUUGUAGGCAGAACUUUUUAUCAGUUAUAGUAUGUAUAUAUAGUGUGUAAAAUUUGUUAAGCUGCAUUUAUUUAGCAAUACAUAAUUUUUACCUGUGACCCCCUUUCUUAUCUAGAGUAGAGAUUUUAUUAUGUCAGUAUAAAUAUCACUCCCCAUUUAGUCCAAAAUAGUCAGCUUUGAAGUCGUGUUGAGCAUUUAACAGCAGUAAAGGCCGCUGUGUAGGCAGUAAGCAACAUGACCUGGAAUCCAUAGUUCUGAUUCCCACCGUAUAGAAAAGAAGUUAUUUGACCUUCACUGUUCCUGUGUUAAGCACUAUACUCUGUAUAACAUUACUCUGAUGAACUUAAUAGCAUCCAACUUUGUAUUCUUUAUUAUAAUUAUGAUCUUUUUAAAGGCAGCAGUGCCCUCAGUUGUGCUUAGAAAGUGUGUGCCUUAAAUCUUCCUCUCUGGAGCCAAAGUUUGAGGAACUAUGUCAUGACCCUUUGCAUUUGAAUUGAGGGAGAAUGACUGUGAUCCUGAAGGACUCCUUCCCAUAAAACUAGGCCUAACAUCUGUAAGUCCAGGGCUUCUGGAGAGGGAGUCCCAAUCACGCAUAUGUCAUAGAAGGAUUAGGGUCCCCGAAAUAAAAUCAGUGAAAGGUAUAUUCUCCUUCAUAUUAUUUUAUAAAGAAAAUAUAUCUGCUACCACUAAGGGAUGACAGCAGUUCCUAACCAAUUCAUAUUAAUAGCGUUAUAUAAAGAUAUUAUUGCCGUGAGGCUUAGCAUAUUUUGUGCUUUCUUUGUAAUACUGGGUUAAAAGGGGGGUAUGUUUUAAUAUUUUUGCAUAUAAAUGUCCCCAUUCUUUUUCUGUCCGUACUUGGUUAAUAUUUGCUAAGAAUUGAUGUAGAAAAAGUUCUCUAACAACAAACAUGACACAUUAUCGAAUACUCACAGGGUAAUAUUGAUUUGGGUGCUACUAGACUUUUACCUAGCACUUGCUUGUCAGUCUCAGUGUCUCGUGAGGGGCAGUAUUCAAUCUAGUUAAAAUUUGUUAGUAUAAUGAAGGUUGUUUAUAUACCAUUAUACCAGAAAGUGAUGGUUGGAGAGACUAUCUGCAUUCACCAGAAGUUACUUUCUUCCUUUUGCUGUGAAUACAUUGGAUAAAACUAUUUUAUUUUCAAUUCCAGUUAUGGGAAGAAACUGGGGAUACGCUUGACAUCACUAUUGCUGGUACUACAAAAACAUUACUAAAUUGGCUAAUUCUUCUGUCUGCAACUGGUGUUUUAAGAGAAUCCUGUCACUAACUUGAAUGGCUGACAGUGAUGUGUUAUGGAGAAGGAUUGUCAACAAUCACUUUACAACAACUAUGAAGAGAACUGUGUGCCUGCAAUUGGUGUCUGUUGCAUUUCUGAGCCCACUUUGUAUUCAUGAGAAACUAUAAUGGGAGAAAUAUUUUAAAUAACAAGUAUUUUAACUUUUUAUAACGUUUGGGACUUUGAAGUAUCAACAGAGGAUAUUGAAAAUAUAUGUACUUUAACUUUAGUGAAAUUACUUUUUAUUAUCUGAUUUCUUAAUUUUCUGUAUUUGAAUUCUUGUGAAUUAAGAAUAUCUGUAGGUAUAUAGAUAUUUAAAACAAUGGUAAUAAUAAGUGUAAUUCAUCAAUGUGACUCAAUAAUUACAUUUUAUUUUCAAGAUAAGAUGUAGUUUAUUGCAUCAGAUUUAUAUAUUACCUUGUAAUGGAAAUGCUCUAAAAAGAAUAUUUAAGCUACUUCAAUUCUAUACCUCCUUUUAAAAGAAUGUGAUCUAAUAUUAACCCUCUGUGUGAAUUUUGCCUUAUCAAACAUUGUGCCUUGUUUUAUUAAAAGUGUUUUGUUGGAAUCUAAUUCUGUAUUCUGGAAAAGUAAAAGUAUUUUAGUUUUAAUUGACAAGCAUUUACUUAAAAAAUCUAAAAUCUUUAUACUGUUGGUUUUUGCCUGAUUACUUGCAAUACCAUUGCUCAUCUAUUCAUUGAAUUUUUUCAAUACAUGAAUAAUACAUUAAGCGUGUAUUAGUAUUUAUACUCUGCUAGAUGCAGUGAUGAACUAGACCAGAUCCUUUCUAUCAGAGUUCCUUCUGCUUCCACAAUCUUAACAGACUUAUGAAUGCAUACUCUAAGAAGAAAUUAGUGAGGUCAUUUUGCUAAUGAAUGUCAGUUACUUCUUGCAUUUAGUCCAGAAUUAAACAAUCUUAAUGCAAAGUAGUAUAGUAUUAACUGAGCACAUUGAUAUUGCAGUAUUUACUGCCAUUAUUUUGGUGACCCUAGAACACCUGACAUAUUUCUAGAUUCCAGAAUUUGGAGGAAUAUUGUGAUUGGUUAUGACUUGAGGUAAACAGAAUGGGUGGGAAAGACACAGUCCACAAAACAGCUGAUAUUUCAAAUUUGCUGAAAUGGAGAAAGCUCAGCACUUCCGUGGUUGGUAUGUAGGGAAGUCUUCUUGGUGCAGAUGGGCUCAGAAGUUUGAGGGCACAAGGGAAAAAACAUUGGAUGUAACUGAUCUUUCCUGAGGAUAAAACUAACCUGCCUAGUUGAGGAUGUUCUCCUUAGAACAAGUGUCAGAAGAAAUUUUUCUUCUUUAAUGACUUAUCUCUCUAGGUACUGCAUGGGAAGCCAGAACAUUUCAGGAGCUACGUGAGACUUGGACAUUCAUAACAUCAGUGAUUGCCAGCUUUACCAGCGGGUCCAUCCACGUGCCCUAGAAUGUUAGAGCUUGAGGAAACCUCAAAGGUCUGAAACUGACUCACUUGUUUGAGAGAUGAAAAAAUUUAAGCCCAGAGAGGCUUGUCCAAGACUUCACAUGGUGAAAUCUUAAAUCCAAGCCUCUGGUUUCCCAGAUCAAUGCUGUCUACACUAUAGUAUGCUGCUUUCUUUAUUUAAUACUCUACUGUGUGACAGGACAUCAGUAACAGCAUUGGUACUGCAUUGUAAUCUGCCAACCGGCAUCAAAGUGAUGCUGUCCUCACUAAUCUAGUGGGAAUUUUACAUCUAGUGGGAAACUUGAGAUAAGAGUAAAUAUCUGGGUAGCUCAUUACGUUUACAAAGUACAUUCAAGGCUCUACCUUGUUUAAUCCUUAUGACACUGUGAGGUAGGGCUGGACUUGGUGAAGUUUGUUGGUGUGGUUUUGUCACACGCUUUACCCUCUUCUGAGUUUGAAAUCAAUUAAGAAAUUGACAUAGAUUUGAGAAAGGGAUCUAGAUAUCAGCUUUAUCAAAUCAGAGUUGAACUUCUAUUCUCCUUAAUUGAAUAUAACCAACCAAAAUCAGGCUCCCUCUGCAUGGGCCCUCUAUCCCCAGAUAGCAUUUUGCAAGACUGACCCUAACACCACAAAUCCAAAGGAAGUCAAGUCAAAUCUUAAGCUGUGUUGUGCUGCCCAAUUAGUAUUUCUCCCACAGGGAGGAAAAAGAUCUAAAAAGAUUUUUUCUGGGCAGCUGUUCUCAACCCUGGUCGCACUUUAGGAUCACUAUGGGAGCUUUCAAAAUAUACAAAAUUAUGGGCCGCUGUCCCCAGACCAAUUGAAACCUGAUCUUUAGAAGUGGAGUCUGGGGUUCGAUAGUUACAGAAGCUCUUCUCUGUGACUCAGUUACCCAGCAAGGGUGAUGAUUCCUUUGUGAAAAUCCCUUUAUAGUAACUUGAGGUUGGUGAACUAGGAUUUUUACAGAUGAAGAAAUGGGCCCAAAGUGGUGAAGUGACUUGCCCAGGUUCUUUUAAGAUAAAUCGUGACAGAGCUGGAGCUAGAAUCCACCUAUUUAAUAAAAAAAUUUUUUAAUUGAAUGCCUACUUUAAACCAGGCACUGAUUACUAAUCCAAUGUUCUUUGCUUCUCCCUGUCAGUUACCUUUUUCCUGAACUGAAAUGUAAAUUGGAUGUACAUUUCCUGGAUAUAAGAUGGUAUAUUCAAGUGGAAUAUUGAAUUGGCCAUAUUGAAGCCAGCUUCAACUAAGGCAGAAUACCUGCUGAAUCAUGGAGCACAGAAGCAGCAAAACAGAUCAAUGUGACUAGAGACAUUCGUAAAAGGAUGGCUUGGUCAAAUAUUUCAGGAUAAAGCCACAAGGCACGAGAUAGCCUUUCCAUGGGUGAGGAAAACCCCAUCAAGUCAUACACUGGUUCUUUUCACCACAGGUAAACAAAUGGCUAACAUCCUAAGCAGCAGUGAUGAACAAGUUGACAUUACCAAGAGAGAUAAGAAAAUGUAGACAUCUGCCUAGAAGAAAACACUAUAGUUCAUCCAUAAACAUAGAUUCUUUUGCUAGUAAAACAGUAAGAAAAGUUCAAUUCAACUACACAUUUUUAUAAGCACUAUGCAUGAUUUCUACCCUGGUUUCUUUUAGAUCUAGCUAUAAGAUGACACGAUUAUUUUACUGCUUAAAUAAUAAUGCAAAAUUAAGACCUCUGUAAGUACAUGGAAGAUUUAAAUGGAAAAGUAAACUUGCUCAUGAUGCCAAGGAAACUCAAAGAAAAAAAUAGUCUUAAAAUGUUACUAUUGGUAUUUUCUUUCUAUGAGUAAAGACUGAAUUUAAUGUUGCUUUGGGGUUUUUAUAGCUGAAUUAAAUAAAGAUUUGUGAAAUAAGUUUAACUUCUUGGAAAUUAAGCUUAUGUUACAGUUAGAAAAACUUCUACAAUUUUAGGAUUUUGUCAUUAUUUGUAACUUUCACCUGUUUGUAACCUCGACAGUGAUCUCUGAGGUUCUUCCUAACUGUGAGUCUACAAUUACUUGUGUUCGAAACUCCUUUCUAUUUUUUGUGGCUCUCAAAUAUUUGUAAGUUCUUGCAUCACUCACCACACCCUUUUUAGUCACCUCUGUUUAGGUCUUUUAAUCUUUUCUCCUAAACCAGUGCACGUGCAGCCAGGGGCAGUGCGAGUGGAAUAAUGAGGACUUUGCCCCUGAAUCUGCAAUUAAAAUUCUACCCUUUAUAUUAUUUCCAAGGGUUUGUCGUGGUGGGUAAGUCAAUAGGCAGCUUUGAAACAAUGUUUCUUAUUUCUGCUGAGGGCAGCAUCUCAUAAAAGAAAGGCAUUUGUAUAAAUGACCAAUGGAUAAAAAUGAAUCAGAUGAUUGCUAGAUCCCUGUGACUUAAGCUUUGGCAUGGCUGUAAUUACAUUUUUAACCCUGGCCUGCUAUAUGAAUUUCUCUCUGGUUCUAAGUGAUCACAGAAUCAGAGAUUUGACAGCGAGAAUCUGAGACGUCACCUUCAGACCACUUUACGCGAAGAACAACUCAACCAUCAGGGUGAAAACCUAUCCUAUUUUUAAAUACCUUAGAGAAGAUAAUUUUCUUCUAUAACAAUUCCAAAGUUUAACAAUUGUCACUAGAGGAAAUAUAAUAUUUCCUAAGGUUCUUGUGAUCUGUGCUAGCCAGAUUGACGUGAAGAUAACUUUUAAACUAUGUAUGUCAGCAGACAGGCACAGUGACACUAGUGAGACCAAAGUGUAUUAUGUGAGUGUGUGUGUGCGCGCCCAUGUGCAGGCACACACAUUAUAUUGUCUUAGUACCUUUGCCCAGCUCCCAAAUGCUGCUGCUCCCUUCUUCUCAGUACACUCUCUGUCCUUUUUCCUAAUCCAAAACUCCUCCCACCACUAUAAAAGCCAAUGCACACAGGAGUCACACUUCCGACAGUUCCUACUUUGUGUUUGUGCAGCAUCUAUUGGGAAGAGAAAAAUGAGAGAACAACAAGAUCACAGUUCUAUGCAGAUGAGACAUAAAUCCAAUAAUAAAAGAACUGGACAUUAAGCUGUGAUGAGAGGAGAAAAGAGAAUUCUUGACAGUGAUGCUUUCAAGAAGCUUCCCGACUAGUGUUCCUGACUGAGAAGCAGCCUGACUCGUGUAGAUACAGGAGGUGCUGUAUCCAGAGGAAGAAAGGAUGCUUGGCUCAACGUUUCAUGGAUCCCCCUGUGAGAAAGGUUGACGACAGAUAUGUGAACCAAAGUGAGGUUAUAUAUUCAUAUUACAUGAAAUCACCACAUAUGUCUACGUACAUGUUAAUUGUUAUAAACUUAUC